AUGGCUAUCAUAAAGCUGACGACACAAACGACCAUGAUAAAGCAAAUCUUGAAGAGGUGCUCGAGUUUGGGGAAGAAACAGAGCAACGACGAACGCGAGCAUGAUGGAGACUCUCUUCCAUUGGAUGUUCCCAAAGGUCACUUCGUGGUCUACGUUGGGAAGAAUCGGGUCAGGUACGUUUUACCCAUUUCGUUUUUGACCCGACCGGAGUUUCAGCUUCUUCUACAACAAGCUGAGGAAGAGUUUGGCUUCGAUCACGACAUGGGCCUCACUAUUCCUUGUGAGGAAGUUGCUUUCAAAUCUCUGAUCACCUCCAUGCUCUGA